ACAGCCCCGUGGCAACUUAAGUUGCCACGGCGCAUUCGACUACAUUCUAUGCGCACGCGCAUAGAUAUUGAAGUUCCAUUGGUAAAUUCCGGUCAUGUGAUAUGUCCUGUCUCGAAUAGCACAAACGUCAGUCAGAUAUUGUCAAACAGUGAGUUAGUGUAUAACGAUUUAUUCAGAGCUCUUGAACUUUUUCAUUCACCAUAAUGGCCGUCGAUGAGAGAUUGUAUACUCGUGGAAGAUCAGGCACUGGAUUACUUCUUCAUGAAUUAAUUGACCUUAUCGAGAACGAUGAGGACAUAUCAGCCACCAAUAUAGCCAUAUGUCCACCUGAUGAACUUCCUGGUGCAGAUACAGAUAAGGACUCUGAUUUAUCGGAUGAAGAGGUAGUUGGAGAUUUUGACCACCUUCCUGCCCGUAUAUUACGCUCUCAGGUGGAAAUGCAGAAUCCAGAAAUCGAUGAUGAUCACGGCAAUCCAGUCGUCCAAGAUGAGAACCAUUCAGAAGAACCUAGACCGACGACUUCUUCGCAGACAAGAGUAAGAAGCACCAAACGUAAGCGUCCCACAGAACGUACUUGGAAGCCGAAAAUGAAUGGGUUAUCUUCAAGUAUUCCUGAACUUGAAUGCGAAUACCGACCGGUAGCAGAAGAUCUUCUGAAAGAAACGGUAAAAAGCCCUAUUGAGGCUUUUAGGGCUUACUAG